CAUACUAAGUUACACUCCGAGGUCGGAUUAAGUUACGUUCCGAGGUUGGAUUAAGUGUGCAUUAAUGAGUGUGCUGGAAUGGACACAGGAGAAACUCGAUGAUUUGGAGAGUUUUGCUCAGACUUUGUUUCAGGACAUGGGGAAUAUAUUAGACCUCAGUCUCCUAAAGGAGGACUCUAUAGAUAAACAGGUGGACAAUGUAAAGAUGGUGGAGAGGUUUCGGACCCGGAACCCCGUGGUGGGGACCCUCUACCUGACCACCACUCACCUGAUCUUUGUGGACAGUGCCGGGAAGAGGGAGACCUGGAUCCUGCACACCCACAUGUACAGUAUAGAGAAGCAGCCCCUGAAUGCUGGGGGAUCCCCCCUACAGAUCCGCUGUAAGGAUUUCCGAUGUAUUACGUUCGUGAUUCCUAGAGACAGAGACUGCCAGGACAUUUUUACCUCCUUACAGGAACUCUCCAGACCAGCUGACAUAGAGAAGCUGUAUGCAUUUGUUUAUUCUGCGGCGGAUGGGAUGGAGAAGUCGUACGGCUGGGAUCUGUACGAUGCUCAGUCUGAGUAUCUGAGGAUGGGGGUCCCUAACCAGAACUGGUCCCUCUCCAACCUCAACAAAAAUUACGAGCUUUGUGAUACCUAUCCCAGACACCUAUUUGUUCCCGCCUCAGCGUCGACACCAAUCAUCCUCGGCAGUUCUAAAUUCCGCAGCCGUGGGCGACUUCCUGUCUUAUCUUACUUUCACAGUAAAACCCAGGCAGCCAUUUGUCGAUGCAGUCAGCCUCUUUCUGGAUUUCGGGCCCGCUGCAUGGAAGAUGAACAAUUACUACACUGCAUUCUAAAAUCCAACCCCAACCCUAAAUCAGAGUUCAUGUACGUUGUGGACACCAGGCCAAAGAUAAAUGCGAUGGCUAACAAGGCUGCGGGAAAAGGUUACGAGAAUGACAACCACUACACAGACAUCAAGUUCCAGUUUUGUGGCAUCGAGAACAUCCACGUCAUGAGGGCUAGUCUACAAAAACUACUGGACGUGUGUGAAAUGAAAAAUCCUUCCAUGUCAGCAUUUCUUCAAGGACUGGAGACAAGCAGCUGGCUCAAACACAUCAAGUCAGUUCUCGACACCUCAGUGUUCAUAGCAGAGGCAGUGAAGAAUGGGCAGAGUGUUUUGGUGCACUGUUCUGAUGGCUGGGAUAGAACUGCUCAGACCUGCUCACUUUCUAGUCUGAUGUUGGACCCCUACUACAGGACAGCCCAGGGAUUCCAGGCGCUGAUAGAGAAGGAGUGGUUAUCGUUCGGCCAUAAAUUCACGGACCGCUGCGGUUUCCUGGAGACGCCAGACAAUAAGGAGACGUCGCCAGUGUUCACACAGUUCAUUGAGGCUGUGUGGCAGUUGAUGCAGCAGUACCCUUGUGCAUUCCAGUUCAACGAACGAUUCCUUCUGACCAUUCAUGACCAUGUAUACUCAUGUCAGUUUGGAACCUUUAUAGGGAACUGUGAGAAAGACAGGCUGGAUCUUAGAUUGAGUGAGAGAACCUAUUCCUUGUGGGGCCAUAUGAAGAAGCACAUGUCAGAAUUCCUGAAUCCUCUCUACAAGAAAGAGUAUGAGUUGACCCAACCUACUCUAUCACCCAACACCAGCUCUCAGAACGUCAAAUUUUGGAAGGGUAUGUACCACAGAUAUGAUGUAGGGCUUCAUCCAAGAGAACAGAUUGCAGACAUUCUGAGCGCUGCCAAAGAUCACUCAGACUCACUAGAGGACCACAUCAGUCUACUAGAGAAGAGAGUGACACAGAUCUGUCAGCUGUUGGGGAAAUCCGAGGAUGUGAUACAGAAAAAACUGAAUGGUGGAUUAUCCAUGGAGUCUCUGGAUAAUCUCAAGGAAUCCGUGGAGAAUUCUGUUACAGAGAAAUCCGAGAAAAUUACGGUCAACGGAGAAUGUGAUACUAAACUGGAACAAAACACCAAAUCAAAAGACAUAAACGAUCUCAUCGACCUCAAGAGUGAUAAUGAAUCGGGGUUUGAUGAGUCCAGUUCACAGUUGUCUAGAUCGGGUCAUGGUGACCUAAAUACCCAACGAACAGGUAUAGAAACUGGUUCCCUUGACUCCAGUAUGUGCUCGGUGGGGAGGGACCAGCUAAGCUUGGACUUGCUUUUGUUUGAGAUGAACAGCGUGGCCAUUGAUUGGAAAUCAUUUCGCAAUAUUCACAACUGUAGCUGUGCAUCUCCAUUUAAUAGUUUUACUAAAAAGUUCCAUUGCUGGAGAUGUGGUGAAGUAUUCUGUAUGCGGUGUAUUGCCAAAAAUAUCCCCCUGCCUGGUCACAUGUCACGGCGCCCAGUCCCCGUCUGUCGACCAUGCUACAAGGAAAUACGCCACUCCCCCUCCAUGGAAUUCCCCACCGGUCAGAUCAGCAGCUGAUGACUGUAGAGGACCAGACUUUUAGAGUGCAAUGUUAUUUAUUUUGUAGCUCAUUGCUUUGUGUGUGUGUAUGUGUGUGAGGGAGAGGAGAGAGAGAGGGUGUGCAGUAUUAUCUAUCAUGAUGUAUCACUCAGGUUAUUUUGAAAUGUGGAGCAUGACCGUUCUAUAAACCCAUAAAAACUACAAAGUAUGAUGAUAUUAAAUUUAAAAUAUUCCCCACUUUAAUGACAUUUGUAGAAUGUAUCAUGUGAUAAGUCUCCAUACACAACUGAAUGUGAUAGCUUUUGUGUUUAGUGAAAUAAUUGCACUAUAAUCAAAUCAUUGAGUUUUAAGGCCUGAGAAUGCCUUAUAUUAUGAUGUAAUGUUUCACCUUUGAAUAAGAUAAUUACAUUGUUAAGUGGAUCAUCUUCAGACCACUGUACAGUAUAUUUUACAAAAUAUCAAAGGAAUAGUUGAGUAGGAUUUCAGAAAAAAUCAAUUAUCAUAAAAAAAAACUUGUAGUUUUAACAGAGGAAAAUUUAUUAAAGGAAGCAAUUUGAUUGAUUAUUGAAGAUUCUGUCAUUUCAAAGAUGUGUUCAUUGACAGACUAAAAAGUUUUGAUGGGCAGACUUAAAUAAUUAUGAAAGUAAAUAGACCAAUAUUUGAGUAGGUAUAAUAUGCUCUAUGUAUAUUUUCUGUUGAGUUUCUUACCUCCCCUACUUUGCUGUGAUAUUUUCCAUAAACCAACUGUUGGAAAAACUGCAGUUCAAGGAAAGGGAUGGAUACUCUAAACCAUGAUUUAUUUAAUUACCUGAAAUAUCCGAGUUUUCUGACUCUUUUAUUUGUGGAGCUGAUACUUUUCACACAUAUAACUUAUUAACAUAAUAUGGCAUGUUUCCUCUGACAUAUUAGUGAGGAUAUGACUAUCAAAUUGAUGAACUUCAAAUAAAAAUGUCAGGAAUAAUAUUUACUUCAAUCUAUGUCUUCACAGUACAACAAAAUGUCUGACAAUGAAUUAUCGUCCGAGUAUGGGAGUGUGAUCAUUUGAGUGUAGCCCUGUAUAUUUGUUUUUUUCCUCACUGUUAUUUCUUUGUUACAAAUGAGAUGCUUUAUAGUAAAGAUAUCUGAUAUAAUAA